AUGUCUUCCAGUUGGCAAUCUCAUCCACCUUAUUCCAAUACAAAGAAAGAUGAUGAUUUAAUAAAAUAUCAUGCAUCAUGUUAUUGUGGUUUAAUUCAAUAUGUUAUUUAUGAUGAAUUUCCAGUUGAUUCAACUUAUUGUCAUUGUCAUGGAUGUCAAAUAUUACAAGGAGCACCAUAUCAAUGGGCGUGUAUAUUUCCAAAAACAUCAUUAUAUUUUACAUCAGGUUUAGAUUCAUUAGAAUUUUACAAUAAUAGUGAAAAUACACAAAAUCAUAUAUUACCAUGCAAAGUUCGUUGUAAACAAUGUUCUUCACCAUUGGCUGAUGAAGGACGUCGAAUGUGGUUAGCAUUUCCACAAACAUUUAAAGAAUUUCGUGCAUCAGAAACCAUUCGAGAGAAAUUAAAACCAUCAUGUCAUAUAUUUUAUGGACAAAGAACAAUUUUGGGUGAUUUUUUAAAAGGUGAUGGCUUACCAAAAUUUGAAGCACAUAAAAAUAAAUCAAAACAAAUUUUAGAUGAAUAA